AGGACUAAUUAUCUUGUCAGUUAAAACCUCCGAGUUAUCUAAUUAACAUGGAAUAUUAUUUUUCAAUUGUCUUUUUUGCCAUUAUUGUCUCCACCGUAAGUCAGGAGAAACCUGAAUGCAAAUCAGAUUGUGAGAUCGAACUUCCGUUCAUGGUAAAAACAUGUGCUUCUGUUUGUUAUGCUUCUCCUGAAGACACUUCCUGUAUUUGUACCCAGGAAGGCGGGAGUUCUGCUGAGUGUAUCACUCCUAAGGGCGAACCAUGCCCGGAUGUUGAAGACCCUAAAGAUUUAACAAGUCAAACGGGAUGUGAUCAAAUGUGGAAAGACUAUGUGAAUGCACCCCAUGAUGAAUCUGAAGCAUAUACCUAUUCUAUGCAUUAUAACCCUGUGAAUGGUUCUUCAGUAUAUACAUGCAGAUUUCUCAAUGCAUGUAAUGCAAUGCGAGAUGCAUCAUCAGCGGACACAAUUAAUGGCCGUAGAAGAUGUGAUACAGAGGAGGUAAAAGUUUGUGAAAUGCUUAAACAUGAAGAUUUUCCUUUGCCCAUACAAUUUACUGUUUGCACACAUAAUACAAAUCCUUAUGAAACCAAAGCUUUGGAAGGAACAGUCUGUUACCCAGAUAUAGAAUGUAACGCUCCCAGUAUCAGAAAGGAUGACACGGUUACUUGCACCUCCAGUAAAGAUGCGUCAGGAAAUGAUGUAUUUGUCUGGUAUUAUGAUAGUAAAGAUGGCUCUAACAGGGAUGAGAAUAUACUUGGUGAUAUAAACUGCACCGCUGGUCCGAAACUACGGAUAGCAAAGCAAUCAGGAACACGUUUAUCCUGCCUGAAUCCUGUAGAGGCCACUGCCCCUGAUGGAGAUGGGAAACUGUUCUAUGUACUUGAUCAGCCCAACUCCUGUGUAUUUCUCUGUGAUGGUAUUUACAUAGCAACCCUGGUGUUUGAGGUCAGGAAUGGUCAAGCAGGUUGGUGGGCUGAAACAGACGGGGGUAAUGCUGAACUGGUGGAAGGAUGUCUUCAAUGCUGGCCUGGCUACUGUUAGUUCAACAAAUACUAGGGUUUCCAAUCGGAAUUCCAACCAACUGUUCUUAAUUUGCGCGGAAUUGUGUGGAAUGGCGCGGAGUAUACAGAUCUCACAAUUGCGCGCACUUGCGUUGGAAACCCAAACACAUACUAAUGGGCUAUUAAUUUAUUUGACUUCUCUGUGUGUUUGUUUGUAUCCAAUAAACGUGCUAACAGCUGAACCGAUCUGGCCUUCACUUCCAAAAAGGAACUACGAUUUUGCCGCAAACUAUUCUCUAAUGGCUUGAACCUUUGAUAUUUCAAACUUAACAUAACAGAAAUUAAAAAUUUACGACAUCUGGUUGCAAAAUGCAAAGCUAUAGAGAUUCAAAAAUCCAAGUUUGAGGCAAAAAUAUUUUCUUAAAUAUUUAAAUAUCCAGUAUCCGCCAUAAUAGAAAUAGAGAAAUCCUCGAAAAUAUUCAUUGUUUUUUAAUACUUUUAAAAUGUACAAAGAAGAAUUUUUUGCAGAUAGAUAAAUA